AUGCUAGGAUCUUCAGCAGCCGCGGUUAUCACCUUCGACGGACAGCACGUCCCUUAUUACGUAACGUACCAGAGCGGUGACUACAGAUGCAAGCCCUACCGAAAAUCCGUCCAAUACUGCAGAACCUGCGGCGGCAUCAGACACCGACAGGAUAUCUGUCCUCAGCCGAGGGCCACGUUCUGCUACACAUGCAGGCGCGAUGGGGUCACGGAAGAACAUGACUGUCACCUGAAGUGCAAGAUUUGCGGCGGAGACCACGAAACGGCAGGCAAGGAAUGCAAGAAGAAACUCCGUAAGAACCCGCCCCCGUACCAACUUCGCCGCAUCAAAUCGCAGGAGUCGAAAUACCUCCACGUCAUUGCAGCACUGCUACCUGACAUCGCUGACGCCAUAGACGAUGUGCUCGCCUCCACUCCAUCGGAGAAGGCCUACGACGAACUAAAGAGCACCGUCCUGAAACGUCUUGAGGUGUCCGAACAGAGCAGGCUUCAACAACUCCUGUCUCAUGAAGAGCUUGGUAACCAGCGUCCCUCGCAACUACUCCACCGAAUGCGUCAGCUGCUGGGCCAACAAGCGUCAGAGGAGCGUCAACAGCCAUUGCUUCGCGAGUUGUUUUUGCAGAGACUACCACAGUCAACACGGAUGAUACUCGCUGGCUCGGACGACGUGGCUCUCGAGCGUCUGGCUCAACUCGCCGACCGCAUCGCCGACUGCACCGAGCGAUCAAAAAUGCCUAUUGCUGCAGCGGGAAUGUCCGAACAUGCAGACCGGUUAGGUCGCUUAGAGGACAGAGUUGACCGACUUACUGCAGCAGUCGAAAACCUCGCCCUGUCCAACAAACACCGUCCUGCACGGUAUCGUUCGUCGUCCCGUGCUGGAAGCCUGCAGCACUGCGGCCACUCAAGCGACGCAGAGCAGAGCGUCUGCUGGCACCACCGCCGUUUCAGAGAGCAAGCCACUCGCUGCACCCAACGUACCAUGCUCGUGGGCGUGAAACGCACCAGCCAGUCGCUAACGGCGGAGUGCGACACCGGCCAUCGCUCAAGCCACCUCUUCUUCGUUGUCGACCGCAUCACCGGCACACGCCUCCUUGUCGAUACCGGAGCUGAGCUCUCUAUCCUACCAGAAACUGCUCAACAUCGCCGACGCGGCAAGUCCAUUUCCAGUCUAAUUGCAGUCAAUAAUACUGCUAUUGCAUCAUAUGGAGUUCAGUCAAUGACGAUAGACAUCGGACUCAGCCGCACAUAUCGAUCGCUCUCCGUCGUGGCCGACGUCAGAAUUGCCAUCCUGGGAGCGGACUUUCGGAGCCACUUCAAUCUUGACGUUAGCGUUCGCGAUCGUCAUCUCAAGGACAACGUCACUUCGCUCGCUGUUCUCGGACUGAAGUCUGACCUGUCCUCAUGCGGCAUUUGCACUUUCAACCCAGAGUCAAACUUCCAAAAUAUUCUGGCUGAAUUCCCUGAAAUCACCAAACCUCGGAACACCGAACUGCCAAUUAAGCACAAGGUGACGCAUCACAUUGUCUCCACCGGACCGCCCGUCACCGCUAGACCUAGGAGGCUCGCUGGACAAAGACACGAAGUCGCUCGCCGUGAGUUCGACCACAUGCUCCAGCUCGGCAUUAUUCGACCUUCUUCCAGCAACUGGUCUUCUGCGCUGCACAUGGUGCUAAAACAAGAGCCUGGUGACUGGCGGCCUUGUGGUGAUUAUCGGGUACUCAAUGCUGUGACAACGGCAGAACAAUAUCCCCUGCCUCAAAUCCAUGAUUUCAGCGCUCGCCUCAUGGGAACGACCAUCUUCACCAAGCGGGAACUGUUGGCCGCUUAUUACCAGAUUCCCGUAGAGCCGAGCGACAUCCCAAAGACGGCCUUAACAACACCUUUCGGCCUCUUUGAAUUUGUUCGUAUGCCAUACGGACUGAAGAACGCGGCACACAAUUUCCAGCGUUUCAUGAAUGAGGUCACUCGCGGACUGCUCUUUGUCUUCGUCUACUUAGACGACAUUUUGGUCGCCAGCAAAACGCGGGAAGAGCACGGAAAUCACCUGCGCCUCCUCUUCGAGCGUCUUGACGAGCACGGUCUGGUUUUGAAGCCCCAAAAGUGUAUGUUUCGUGUUGAAGCACUAGAUUUUCUAGGUCAUCGAAUCACCGCGCAAGCGAUCUUGCUGCUCGAAUCACGGGUACAAGCAGUUAUGGAAUUUCCCACGCCUACCUCUUCCCGCAAGUUGCGCGAGUUUUUCGGGCUGAUCAACUUCCAAGGGCGCUUCAUCCCAUCCUGUGCACACAUUCUACAGCCGCUAACUGACUUGCUGCGCCGGGACUCCAAGAAAACGCCCGAGUUUCACUGGUCAGCGGAGCACGAAAAAGCCUUCCAGGACGCCAAAACUCAGCUUGCCUCCGCAACGCUUCUGAUGCACCCGCUUUCCGACUCGCCAACGCGGCUCAUAGUUGACGCUUCAACGACGGCAGUGGGAGCAGUGUUGCAACAAUACGACGGCAAGGACUGGAAACCGAUAGGUUUUAUUUCGAAACGUCUGAAACAGGCGGAAGGUUACAGAUACCUGCUCACAUGUGUCGACCGCUUCUCACGGCCUGAGGCGACGCCGAUUCUGGACAUCGCAGCUGGGACCGUCGCACAGGUGUUUGUGGCCACAUGGGUUUCACGCUAUGGCUGCCCACUGCGCAUAACGACUGAUCGCCGCCGACAAUUCCAGAGCAACCUAUUCUCUACGCUGGCAAAGCUUCUAGGAACGCGACUCCAGUACACGACGGCUUACCACCCAGCGAGCAAUGGAAUGGUUGAGCGUCUACACCGCCAACUGAAGGCAUCUUUAACGGCCAAAUUGGAUAGAGAGCACUGGGUGGAGAAGCUCCCUCUCGUUCUUCUGGGCCUGCGUCCGCGAUAA